AACGAGCCGAGUACCGUAGUGAAUACAGCCAACUAUUGCAUCUGUGGACAAAAUACAAGAUACCUAACGUUCUCCUCAUACUCAGGUGCACGUUUUAGUCUUAGAAUUUGGCACGAGAGAUGAUCACGUGACAAUUGUAAGCGCGGUCUGGCUCGACUCAUUACGUACUGUAGGAGACUCUUUACUUUCAACUUUCUCGAGUCGUUUGAACAUGUCUGCAACUGUUCGUCCGUUGAGGGAACGUGUUCGUAAGCACUAUGAUUAUCUCAUCAACGAACUGAUGGUGUCGUCUUACGUGAACGUUCUCUUCCAAGAGAAAGUGCUUUCUAGUGAAGAGAAGGAGCGUCUGUCUGCACGAGGCGGUCGGCAAGAACGGGCACAGGAUUUUGUAGACACGCUCAUGCACAAAUCUGAAUCAAGUAUUCACAAAUUCUUUGAUAUUGUCAGAGAGCACGAAGACAAGCAGCCGCACAUCUACUAUGAUGUCUUUCCUCAACACAAAGCAAACGAGAUGCAAGCGCAACGUUCGGUUGCUGCAGCUUCUCUUGCUGCUCUCGAGACAGAGACGCAAGGUUGUGGGUCAUCGAAGGCUGAGCUGUUUGAUUUGUGUGACAUUGUGGGUGAGAAGUGGCGUGAUUUGGCCGAUCGUCUCAACAUGAGCAGAUAUGAUGUUGAGAUGAUAGAACUGGAGGUUCAUACAAAGAAGGAACGAGCAUUUAUGAUGCUAUGCAAAUGGCAGUCGAUGGUAGGAGACAAUGCAACUGUAGAGAAGGUAAAAGCUGAACUAAAAGAGAUUGAAGAGCAGAAGAAGGAAGAAGCCAUUGCAAGUAUAGUGUUUCCCAAUGAGCUAAUGGAAGAAAAGCAAUUUUGUGGUCGCCAUAAAGAGUUGACAAUUUUGUCCAACACAAUGUGGGGAGAAAAGGCUUCACAGGUGUCUACGUCAUUGAAAUUCUGUUGUGUGGUGUGA